AUGAAAAAAGGUACCCUUGGGAAAAGACAAGAAUCCAUAUCUUCUCUCUCUCCUCCAAAUAUAGAUUACAUCACGGGGCCGUUUCUUUACGCCUCUUUCUUCCCACCUCUCUCUCCUUCCACCUCUCUCUUCCCACCACUCUUUUUGAUUGUGUCCGUGCGUGCGUGGUGCGUCAUCCAUCAGGCGCAUAAUAAUCAUUUAAGUUUCUUUUCACCUCUUUUUUCCACCUCUCUCUCUCUCUUCCCACCACUCUUUCCACCUUUCUUUCCAUCUCUUUUUUUUCCCACCUCUCUCUUUCCGCUUCUCUCUCUCUCUCUUUCCCCCUCUCUCUUUCCACCGCUCUCUUUGCCUCCGUGCUUGCGUGGUGCGUCAUCCGUCCGGUGCAUAAAAAUUGUUUCUUUUCACAUCUUUUUUUCCACCUCUCUCUCUCUUCCCACCUCUCUUUCCACCUCUUUCUUUCCACCUCUUUCUCUUUCUGCCACUCUCUAUUUCCUCAUAUCUGUGAUUGCGCCCGUGCUAGCUUUUUUUCCACCUCUCUCUCUCUCUCUCUCUCUCUCUCUCUCUCUCUCUUUCCUUCUUUUUCUCUUUCGACCUUUCUCUCUCUCCACCCCUGUCUCUCUCUGUUUCCACCUCUCUGUUUCCACCUAUCUAUGA